AUGUCCCAUACGGCUUUUUCUUUAUGUUACGCACCGGUCAAAUCUAAACAAUAUAACAACAAUGAUUCUAUCAAUGAUACUACUUUAAGUCUUAUACAAACUACUUGCAACAAUAUCAACGGAUCUUGCCAAAUAUCCAUCUCUACCACUUGUUUACCUGACUCUACUUUUCCAAACGCCAUCAAAGUACCUCUUGUUGAUACUCCUACUGAUUAUAACAUUACAAUCACUGGAACCCACGAAUCAGUUAUGAAUGCAAGAAAAGACUUAUUACAAAACUGUCCUUUGAAAAUACAACUUGAAUUAAAGAUACCUUUGAACGAUGUACCUUUGAUCUUUACCGACCCAACAUGUCAUACCAAUUUAUUCGAAAAAAUCAGAAUAGAAACUCAAGCUCAAAUUACUUUAACUCUUCCAAACCAACAACAAGUUUCUUAUUUUGAAACUGAAAAUGUUAUGAUUCUUUCUAUCAUUGGUUUACCUCAUCAAGUUGAAUUGGCAAGAGUACGUUUAUUAGUGGCUUUGGAUGAAUUGAUGAAUUUACGAACUGAUACUUUAUUGAUACCAAGAAAAUUACAUUAUUUAAUAUGUGGACGAAAAAGAGCAACUUUACAACCUAUUGUCGAUGAAACCUUGAUCAAUAUUUAUUUCCCUUCACCAUUCCCAACUUUUGAUGCAACAAAAGUAUCAAAUAAUAAUGAUGAUGAACAUGAUGAUGAACCUCCCAUUUAUAUUACUGGUGAUGCCGCAAAUGUAUCAAGGGUGAAAGAUAUGUUGACGAAACUAGCGAAUCAAAAGGCAAAAUCAAUGUAUCAUAAAGAUACUACUCUUGAUGCUCGAAAAUUGGAUUGGAUGCAAUUACAUCGACGAGAUGAAUUAUGUCAAAUUAUGCAUGACAAUGGAUCUUUUAUUGCUCUUCCUCCUCUUGGUACAAAAUCAAAUACUGUCACUGUCUAUGCCGAAAAUAGAGUCAACGCUGAAAGAACUUUGCGCUCUAUCAAUUUUCUGGCAUGUUAUAUAUAUGAAGCAUGUUUUUACUUUCAUGAUCGGGAUGGUUUAUACUCUGAUACAAACUUCUUUAAUUCUAUCAACAAUUUGGCCACCUUAACAACAACUUUAUCUCAAGUUUCUGGUGCUGAAGUCGCUUAUCGAACAGAUCCUGGUUGUAUUCAAGUCUUUGGUACUGAACGCGCUGUUCGUAAUGUUUAUCAACGACUACAUGAAAUGACGUUUUUGAAGAUAUUCCAUCAAGAUACUGUUUUCAAUGUUGAAUUAUCGAAUGAUCAACGGGAAUUUAUCAGUGGAAAAAAGAACGGCAAAAUCAACAAAAUCAUGAAAACAUCUGGUGCGAAAAUCAAGUUCCUUCCUUUUGGUGAAUACAAUUUUAUCUUGGAAGUAGAAUCUACUAAUUUCAUCAAGGCUUUGGAUGGUUUGACUUUAUUACAAGAAGAACUCCCUGCUGAAAUAUCCUUUUAUGUUCCCGAAACUUACCACAAACGAAUUAUUGGUGUUGGUGGCAAGAACAUCCAAAGAAUCAUGAAGAAAUAUGGUGUAUAUGUCAAGUUUUCCAAUGCUGAAGAAUUUGCUUCUUUAGGUGGUUAUUAUGGUAACGAAGACAAUGUGGUAGCUCGAACUCCAAUGAAGAAUCAAAUCAAUCUGGAUAAUCUACGUCAUGCUGUAAUGGAUUUGAUCACCCCGAAGGAUAAAGACUUUGUUAUUCAAACACUAUCUAUUCCAUUCCGUCGCCAUCGUACCUUACUUUGUGAUUAUCGGACGUAUUUACAAGAAGUAUCCAAGAAAACAAGUGUCAAGAUCAUUUGGCCGAAUCACGAACUAGCCAAUGAUAUUGUUACCCUGGUAGGUCCUCAAUCCAAUCUCGAAUCUGCGACACAAAUGAUGCGUCAUAUGGUAUCCGAUGUUUACUGCUUCCGUGUACCUUUAUCAAACCUACUAAUCACCGUACUUUCCUCAUCAAGUUUCCAAGAAAAGGUGAUCCAACGUCUUCAACAUGAAAUGGAUAUUACUGUAGAUGUGGAAUCAGUUUUAGCUACAGCUUCAAAGUUAAAAAUCAACAACAACAACAACAAUAAUAAUAAUAAUAAUAUUAAUAAUAGUAAUAAUAAUGGUGAUUCGACAACUUUUGGUAGUGGUGGACAACAUACUUCAUCGUCUUCUCCCUCUAUUGCUGCUACGCCCAUGUCUCCUACAAGCACUGGUGGUGGAAAUGAAACCGAAUGUUUUGCUCACAAUAGUUGCACCAUUCCUCUCAAAAUAAGUAAAGCCAAUUUGGAUUGUUUACCUGUCGCGUUGGAUAUUCUGGUGUGUCAUCUACGAAAGAAUCAUGUGCCUCUCUACAAAGAAUCGGUCAAUGAACUCGCAGACACCAACACUCGACCAAGUAGCAACAGUUCAGUUACAGAUAAUUAUAGUCAUCAUUUUGAAAGCAAGUUAUUGUCUUCUGUGAUCCCAUCAGGUAAAAAAAAAAAAAAAAAAAAAUUGAACCGUGAUAAAAAUUAG